UUCAGGUCCGUGUUUUCGGUAACUAAGCGUGUGUGUGUGUGUGUGUGGGCCGCUGCAGUCACGCUCGUUUGUUCUGAUGAGAGACUGAAAGAGCUCGAGCUGCUCAUCCACACGCUGCUCGUGUCGUGUCAUGUCACGCGAGGACAGAAAGAAUGCGCUGAUCUCUCCAUCCACGACCCGGAGGACGGACCAGGACAUAUAUUAGAGGAUCCAGAUUGAAUCGCGCUGAGAUGGAGACGUCAGGGCCAAGUGUGAGCCGCCGCAGACGCACAGUGAAGAAGAGAUGGUGGGGAAGACUGAGGCAGCAAUGGAAACUGCUGGGUCUGUUUGAGAUCGACCAGCAGCAUGAGUUUUACAGCCUCACCUGUAUGAUGAAGGAAGGGCUGUAUGCCGCUGUGCAGAACACCAUUGACAACCCUUUACCUGAUGAGUUGUCUGAGGAUGACUACAAUCUUGAGGUUACUCAAAUCUAUAAGGACUUCAGGAUGGAGACGUACGCUGGGCCGGUGUUUGCCAGUCUGCGGCGCUCCCUGGGGAUGACAGAGAAGGAAUAUCAGCAGUCUCUCUCCUCUGAAGGCAGCUACCUGCAAUUCAUCAGCAAUUCCAAGAGCAAGGCAGACUUCUUCCUAACUAAUGACAAGCGGUUCUUCUUAAAGACACAGAGUAAAAGAGAAGUGCGAUUUCUCUUGUCUAACUUGAGAAUCUACAUGGAACAUCUGGAGAAGUACCCACACUCUCUGCUCGUCAAAUUUUUAGGUGUUCACAGGAUCAAAAUGGCACAUCAGAGGAUGAAGUACUUUAUUGUGAUGCAAAGUGUGUUUUACCCUGAUGACAGAAUCACAGCAAGGUAUGAUAUAAAGGGCUGUGAGAUGAGCCGGUGGACCGACCCAGCCCCUGAAGGGAGCCAGAUCAUUGUAGUUUUGAAGGAUCUUAAUUUUGAAGGACAGUUCAUUAAGUUAGAUCAGCAAUGCCCUUGGUUCCUGCGUCAGGUGGAGAUUGACACUGCCUUUCUUCAAACGCUCAAUGUGUUGGACUACAGUCUUCUGCUGGCCCAUCAGCCCCUGCACCAGGAUGAACUCAGCCAGACUCUCUCUUUCGCAACACUCAUCAUGCGUGCCAAAAAGUCAGUAAAUGCAACAUCCAGUCCUACACAUGCCACUUUGCCAUCUGUUCCCGGGGUGGUGACAGAGGAAGACUCCACACCCCUCUCCUCAGAAUUAUAUUCAACACAGCGUCACAUAACAGACAUGCACUGUGGCAAUGAUGGAACAGACAUCGCAAGUUUUGAGGAAGACGAAAUUGAGCAAACCGCUAGGGUGGGAGCAGAGUCAGCGGAUCUACAAAUGUUCCAGGCCCAAAACCGGAGACUACUUCCCAACUUCAAGAACCCGCUUCAUGUCAUUGAUGGACCAGAGCAGCGGUACUUCAUCGGGAUAAUUGACAUCUUCACUGUUUAUGGUUUCAAAAAGAGGCUUGAGCACCUGUGGAAAAGACUGAGAUACCCACGACAAACAUUCUCCACAGUCAGUCCUCCAGCUUACUGUCACAGACUGUGCCAGUGGGUUCACGACCACACCAAAUAAAAUAAGAGCUCCUGGAAGAUGGAUGGACGCACUGUUCACACAUCUGGCUCAAACAUACCUCUUUAUGUGGAAAUGAUCUGAAUGUACAUUUGAGGGCAAACAUUUUUAUAGCUUUUUGUUUAAACAAAGACAAGGCUAAUGCAAGUACAUUUUGGAACACUGUAGUUGAUGAAAAAAGUUGUAUUAAUUUAAACAUGUAAGAGCAAAGGAGAGUGUAACUUUUGUUUUACGCAUGUUUUCAAAUGAUAAAUGAAUUAUGUAAUGCUGGUUACGUAUAUGCCAUUUCCUAUUAAAGAACAAUGCUACCAUUUGAUUACCAGCUGCCCAGACACCUUUUCAACAACAGCAGGGUCCAUUCCUUCCUGCUGUCUGUCAUGCUCAGAAACACUUAUGUGGAGCUGCAUUUAAAUGUUUUCAGAAAUAUUUAUGCAGUAUAAUAAAUAUAAUGUUUAAUAGCC